AUGCCAAUGCUGAAUAUCGUCCUCCAGAUGAGUAGUUACAUUACUACCUUACUCAUUAUCCAAAUUCCUCUAUCUAGUUACUUUGCUGAUGCCGAGGAGGUUAUUUUAUCCCCAGGGGAUGUAUUAUUCCAUCCAGCUGGUGUAUGGCAUAAAGUAGAGAGUCUAGAUGAUGACAACAUAGCCAUCAAUAUAUCAAUAAUACCCCUACGCUGGGCUGAUAUCAUUGCUGGUGCAAUCAAACAAUUGCUGUUACAGAGACCGGCUCUCGUAUGGCCAAUAGCAGCCUUGCCUUCCAGAGCAUCACUAGAAGGACAUCUACAGGCUCUUCUCAAGAAGGAAGUGAAACCUGUAUUGGACAGUCUAUCGGCUAGGGAAAUGGCUCGCGGAAUUGAAGGGACUCUACCUAAGUUGUUGGAUCUAACAAAGCCAGACCAAGUCAGGAUGCAACUGGCUGAUACUUUGGCCACCCUCACACCAUUGAGUGAUACUGAUGUCUUCGUAUUCAACAGGUUGGCUAUUGUUAUAGAGGCACCUGAGGGGUGUGAACUAGAUGAAACUGAGUUAGAGGAGAAUGGAAGUGAUGAUGAUGAGGAUAGUGACGAUUCUUUGGAGGAGAUAUACCUACGUGAUGAUGCUCAACAGCUUGCCAAAGAUGACACCGAGCAGCUUCAAGAUGGCAAACUAUAUUCCAUACAUCACAACUAUUGCCGGGAUGAGAUUAACUUUGAUGAUCUCAUCCGGGUCAUCAUAAAGGUACCUCUACAGCUAGUCCCAUGCAUGGAAUGGUUACAGCGUCAUCAUCGUGCUGUGUCCAGCACCAUAGCUCCAGCAACAUUCAAGAUGUCAGAUCUGGAAGAGUGUAGUGGAGACCAGCAGCAGGAGGAGGAAGAAGAAGAAGAGGACUGUGAUCAAGGCCGAAAGGAUCUCAUUUCUCUGCUUCUAUCCGUCGGUCUCUGUACAGGAUGCUUCUACCGUCAAUAA